AUGGGACAGCUGAUAUCCAAGCAGCCUCAAGUUGAGGUUCUCCUCCUGGGUCUGGACAACGCCGGGAAAUCCACUUUGCUCUACAAGCUGAAGCACAACAUGUCCGUCAGCACCGUGCCGACCAUCGGCUUCAACGUGGAAAUGCUGGAGGCCAAGAAGAACCGGAAGAGCAUCGGCGUGACGGUGUGGGACGUCGGGGGCCAGGGCCAGAUGCGGGAGCACUGGCCGAGCUUCCACGCGAACGCGUCGGCGGUGGUGUUCGUGGUGGACAGCGCGGACCAGGAGCGCAUGAAGGAGGCGCGCCACGAGCUGGAGGCCACGCUGGGCAGCGAGCAGCUCCGCGGCCGGCCGGUCGUGCUCGUGGCCAACAAGCAGGACGUGAACGGCGCGCUGACCGUCACCGAGAUGAAGGACAAAUUCAACCUGAAGAAGCUCUGCACGGGAAGGGACUGGUUCAUCCAGCCGUGCUCCGCGACCACCGGGUUCGGGGUGGAGGAGGCCUUCAAGCGGGUGGUGCAGCUGGUCAAACUGCCGUCCGACUCAGGAGGAGUCAAAGACAACAUCAAAGACAAGGUUCACCACAUCAAAACCUCCAGACACUGA